AUGAAAGCCCAAAAGGCCUUCACCACUAAUGUGUUGAGGUGUUCGUUCCCCUUGUUAGGACUUUGCCACGGCAAUGUGAAUUGGAUUGCCGUGGGCGAUGGACCCUCCUUUUCCCUAUCCUCCUCCAAUAUAUCCUACCAGUUCCAUGUUGAUCCGAUGACCCUGGAUUUGAUCCAUGACCACUGGGGCGCCUACGCAGCUGAGCCAGUCCCAGAUUUCAAUGGGGUUAUAUCUGGAUGGGGCGGCCCGUAUACUUAUCGUCGACGUGAAUUUCCGGAUCUUGGCCGAGGAGAUUUCAGAGUACCCGCGAUUCACAUCCAGCAUGUUGACGGGGACACUGUAUCCGCGUUCUCUUAUACCGGAUAUAAUAUCGCCCCCGGGAAGCCUUCUAUCCCGGGCCUUCCGGCUACCUAUGGUAGUGAGGACGACGUUUCAACGCUCAUCAUACAUUUGUACGAUACCGUCUCUGAUGUAUCCGCCGAUUUGUACUACUCCAUAUUCCCCCGGUAUAACGCGGUCGCGCGUAGUUUCCGCGUGACGAACAAUGGGAGCCACAAUAUAACGGUGAUGAGGGCAAGCAGCUGGAGCAUCGAUAUGCCCAACGAGGAGCUAGAAUUGAUUGAUCUCUAUGGGGACUGGGCAGCCGAGAACCGUGUGAAUCGCCGACCGGUUGUGUACGGAGAGCAAGGUUUCCGCUCGUCGGCAGGCUAUUCUUCGCAAUUCCACAACCCCUUCCUGGCCUUAGCUCAUCCGAGCACCACAGAGUCACAUGGUCCGGCAACGGGAUACUCUCUAGUGUACAGUGGCUCCUUUUCCGCCGAUAUAGAGCGCUGGUCGACCGGUUGGGUUCGGGUUCUCCUCGGUCUCAACCCCCUCCACCUCUCCUGGAUUCUCCCCCCAGGUGAGACGUUUAGUUCCCCCGAAGUAGUUUCCGUGCAUUCGGAACAAGGGCUCGGCGGCAUGUCUCGGUCCUUCCAUUCCUUGUAUAGAAACCACUUGUCCCGAUCCGAGUACACAUUCAAACCCAGACCCCCGUUGUUGAACUCGUGGGAGGGAGUUCACUUUGAUUUUGACCAAUCGUCGAUGAUCAAGUUGGCCCAAGAUGCUGCCGGCCUUGGGUGCACCCUGUUUGUUAACGAUGAUGGGUGGUUUGGCACAAACUAUCCCCGCGACAAUGCCACUCUGGGGCUGGGCGACUGGACUCCAAAUCCAGCUAAAUUUCCGGAUGGCCUAGGUCCUUUCGUUAACCAGGUGCAAAACAUUGUCGUUCGGAAUUCUUCGGCGCGUAUUCAGUUCGGAUUGUGGGUUGAGCCAGAGAUGGUUAACCCGCAGUCGGAUCUCUAUAAGGAACACCCGGAUUGGUGUUUGCAUAUGGGGAGGCAUAACCGCACCCUACAGCGCGACCAACUGGUGUUAAACGUGGGACUCCCGGAAGUUCAAGAUUAUAUCAUCUCAGUGAUGGAGGAAAUACUCAAUUCUGCGCCCGUGCAAUACAUCAAAUGGGACAACAACCGCGGCAUGCAUGAGAUGCCAUCGCCAUCCGGAAGCCACGCAUACAUGCUGGGUUUAUAUAAUGUCAUAGACAAUCUCACUACUGCACAUCCAGAUAUCCUAUGGGAAGGUUGCGCCUCCGGAGGAGCGAGGUUUGACCCUGGUUUACUUCACUAUUGGCCCCAAAGUUGGACAAGCGACAACACGGACGGUCUGGAGCGUUUACAAAUCCAAUUUGGGACAUCCUACCCGUAUCCUCCCUCAUCGAUGGGCUGCCAUGUCAGUGCCAUUCCCAAUCACCAGACUGGUCGGAUUACCCCUCUAGCAUUUCGCGCAGCGGUCGCCUCGAUGUGUGGAUCAUUUGGCUUAGAGCUCGACCCCUCUACCCUUCAGCAAGAGGAAAUUGACGCUCUCCCAGUAAUAAUUGCGCGACAGCAGCAGAUAAACCCCAUUGUGAUCAAUGGCGAUUUCUACCGACUGGCGCUCCCAGACAAAUCCAACUGGCCGGCAGCAAUGUUUGUCUCGCCCGGGGCAGACUCCGCCGUCCUGUUUGCAUUCCAGAUUCGCUCCUCUCUGAAACCACUCCCGGCUCCUUUGAAAUUCCAAGGCUUGGACCCAAAUGCGAAGUAUAGAGUCAGCGAUGGAACCUGGGAGCGGAGUUGGUCGGGCUCGACGUUGAUGAAUACGGGACUCGGCCUUGAUUGGCCGCACUCUGACUAUCAAAGCUUCAUCCUGACGAUCGACAGAGAAUAGUUGGUGUUAUAUCAGAGUAUGUUGUGUAGAACGCAAGCCCAUACUAUAUUCUAGGACUUUGGGAACAUAGGCUUAUAAGGACUACCUGGCGGAAUAGAGAUGUGGACGAUUGCGUUUGCUGUCCGGUAGGUAUGCCCGUAUUGCUUUCUGGUUAAGACGAGUAAGAUGAUUUGAUUAUGUAGGUAUCUGGCCUAAUCCAGUCGUUGGGAAAACUUCAUGCGAGUGUAAUUUUGGCUCGGCACUCCUUAGCAUUAUUCCUUCGUAAUUCCACUUACAACUGGCUUCCCUAGCCUUGUAGCAAUAAUACUAUCUCUCCAGGGAUAGACGAGAGGCAAUCAUUGUAGGUAUUU